AUGUCUCGAGGAUUGGUUAAAAGCAAAAAGUAUGACUGGAAGGAUAGCAAUAUGGCCCUCUUUGGCUCCGAAACAGAGAAGCAAGUGAAGAAGGCAUCUGCUUUAACAGAACCUGCCUGGAAAGGGGCUGGUUCAGCUCCUGGUAUUAGGAUCUGGAGGAUUGAGAAAUUUGAAGUGAAAGACUGGCCUAAAGAGGAUUAUGGCGAGUUCUACAAUGGAGAUUCAUACAUCGUUUUGAAUACCUACAAAGAGGGUACUAGUCAAAGUCUUUGUCAUGAUGUUCACUUUUGGAUUGGAAAGUACAGCAGUCAGGAUGAAUAUGGCACUGCGGCGUAUAAAACUGUAGAGCUUGACACAUAUUUGGAUGAUGUCCCUGUACAACAUCGAGAAGUUCAAGAUUAUGAGAGUGACCUUUUUAAGUCGUACUUUCCUCAAGGCAUUACCCUUAUGGAGGGAGGGUGUGCCACUGGAUUCAGACAUGUUCCUCCUGAGCAAUAUCAAGGUAGAUUGUUCCAUUUUGGUCGAGAUAAAACUGGCAAUGUUAUUGUCAAAGAGAUUCCACAGGCUGCUUCUCUCAUCUCUGAAGGUGAUGUUUACAUCCUUGACCUAGGUCUCAAAAUUUACCAGUACAAUGGGCAAAGUUCUAGUCCCAUAGAGAGGGCAAAGGCUAUGGAGUAUGUGGGUGAAUUAAAACGUGUGCGUGGGAGCGCUUCGUCAUUUGUUUUGGAAGGUGCAACAACAUCAAGAAGUCAUGAAUUCUUUCAAAAGUUGGACCAGGAGGUUGAUGAUUCCCCCGAUGAUGAUGGUCCUGGAGCUGAUAAAAAAAAAUUACUGAGGGUCAACACUGACACGGCUAAAACAGAAGUUGUCAAGGAGGGCAGCUUUGCCCGGUCUGAUCUCAAGUCAGAUGAUGUAUUUAUCUGUGAAACUGAUAAGGAGCUCUUUGUUUGGAUUGGGAUUAAGGCGUCCCCAGCUGAGAAAAAGAAUGGUUUGCCUUAUGCCCACAAUUAUCUCAGAAGUUCUGGACGUCCUUGGAAGUCAAUAACUGUGAUCAGAGAAGGACAAAAAUCUGCACAAUUUGAUGCUGCCUUAGCUGCUUAA